AUGAUUGUAGCUAGACAUUUCUCCCCUUCAAAGGUUAAAACGCUCUAUUAUUUAUCACUCUUUUCCCACUGCAAAAACCAUCUUUUUACAACCUCAACACCAAACUCCCAUCUCUAUACCCUUACAACAUCAUGUAAUUUCUUUCGCUAUUUCUCUUCACAAAAGUUGCCCUUCUCUCGCGAGGGUAAUUACGAUGAAGCCACUUCCCAAUCUCUUCAUGUCUGCCCUGGUUGUGGGGUUUGUAUGCAAAAUUCCAACCCAAAACAACCUGGUUAUUUCAUUAAACCGUCUGAGAAAGACCUAAAUUAUAAAAUGUACACCCAUCUUGAACCCGUUGCAGCAGAGCCCGAAUUCUCUAACACUGUUAAAAAAGGGUUUGUCAUUGAACCACAAAAGCUUGACACUGUUACUGACACUGACUUGGUUACGAAACCGGAAAAGCCAGUGGUAUGCGCACGCUGUCAUUCGUUGAGGCACUAUGGGAAGGUCAAGGAUCUCUCUCUGGAGAAUUUGUUACCGGAUUUCGACUUCGAUCAUACAGUCGGGAGAAAGUUGGCAUCAACCAGCGGGACACGUUCAGUGGUGCUUAUGGUUGUGGAUGCAGUGGAUUUUGACGGCUCGUUUCCAAGGAAAGUUGCAAAGUUGGUUUCUAAGACAAUUGAAGAUAAUUCUUCUGCGUGGAAGCAGGGUAAGUCAGGGAAUGUGCCUAGAGUAAUACUUGUAGUUACAAAGAUUGACUUGUUGCCUAGCUCAUUGUCGCCCACGAGAUUGGAGCAUUGGAUUAGGCAAAGAGCUAGAGAGGGUGGUAUUGUUAAGAUUACUAGUUUGCAUAUGGUGAGUGCGUUAAGAGAUUGGGGACUUAAGAAUCUUGUGGAUGAUAUUGUUGGUUUAGCUGGAUCUAGAGGGAGUGUGUGGACUGUUGGGGCACAGAAUGCAGGAAAGAGCACAUUAAUUAACUCUAUAGGAAAACACGUUGGGGGGAAGAUUACACAUCUGACUCAAGCACCUGUUCCGGGUACUACACUCGGCAUUGUUAGAGUCGAGGGCGCUCUUCCAAGUCAGGCUAAAUUAUUUGACACACCCGGCCUUCUCCAUCCUUACCAGAUUACAACAAGGUUGAUGAGGGAAGAGCAAAAGCUCGUUUAUAUGACCAAGGAGUUGAAACCUAGGACAUAUAGAGUUAAGGCUGGUCAUUCGAUUCACAUAGCUGGUCUUAUGAGAUUGGAUGUAGAAGAGACGUCCCUCGAUACUAUCUAUGUUACGGUGUGGGCGUCUCCUUAUCUUCCUCUGCAUAUGGGUAAAGUAGAAAAUGCAACUAAAAUGUUCCAAGAACAUUUUGGACACCAGUUACAGCCACCAAUUGGAGAAAAACGAGUCGAAGAAUUGGGGAAUUGGGUUAGAAGGGAAUUUCAUGUUGGUGGAAACAGUUGGGACUCGAGUUCUGUAGACAUUGCUGCUGCUGGCCUUGGUUGGUUUGCCAUUGGACUUAAAGGAGAAGCCAUGUUGGGUGUUUGGACUUAUGAAGGAGUUGAUGUUGUUCAUCGAAAUUCGUUGAUACCCUAUAGAUCAAAUACUUUUGAAGUCACAGGAUUUACCGUAUCGAAGAUUGUCUCACAGUCUGACCGAGCUUCAAAUAAGCCACGUCAACAAAAUGACAAGAAGACAAAGCGGAUUGAAUCAAAACCGCUAUCCAGUUCGGUCGAAUCAGCACUAUUGACCUCCGAAUGA